AUGGAGAACGUCACUGCAGUGACCCCAGUGACUGAGUUUGUUUUACUUGGUCUGACCAGUGCUCAGAGGCUGCAGCCCCUGUUUUUCGUGCUGUUUUUAGUCAUUUACCUGAUUAACUUGGUUGGAAAUGGAGCUAUAUUAGGCAUCGUUACUUUGGAACCAAAACUCCACUCCCCCAUGUAUUUUUUCCUGGGAAACCUGUCCUGUCUGGACAUUUGCUACUCCUCUGUGACACUUCCCAAAGUGCUUGUGAACCUCCUGUCCACUCGCAGGACAAUAUCUUUCCUAGGCUGCAUCGCUCAGCUGCACUUCUUCCACUUUCUGGGCUGCACUGAGGCUGUGCUGCUGGCCAUCAUGGCAUUUGACCGCUUUGUGGCCAUCUGCAACCCGCUUCGCUACUCUGCCAUCAUGAGCCCCCUGCUGUGUGCUCUGAUGGCAGCUGUGGCCUGGGUCUGCAGCUUCUUCUAUGCGCUGAUGCAUUCUGCCAUGACGGCUCACCUGAACUUUUGCUGCUCUCGGAGUCUCAAUCACUUCUUCUGUGAUGUCAAACCCCUCCUGGAGCUGGCAUGUGGUGACACGCUACUCAACCAGUGGCUUCUUUCCAUUGUCACAGGAAGCCUGUCCAUGGGAACUUUCUUGGUCACACUCCUCUCCUACUUCUACAUCAUUGGCUUCCUUCUCUUCAGACACCGAUCCUGCAGAGUCAUCCGCAAGGCGCUAUCCACAUGUGCCUCCCAUUUCACGGUGGUGUGUCUUUUCUAUGGACCUGUGGGGUUUACCUACAUUCGUCCGGCCUCAGCCACCUCCAUGAGUGAGGACAAGAUGGCGGCUGUCAUAUACAGUGCCAUCACCCCAGUGCUGAACCCUCUGAUAUACACUCUCAGGAAUAAGGAGGUGAUAUUGGCUCUCAGGAAAAUCUGGGGGAGGAUACUGUGUAAAGAAGGACAGAAGCAUCAAUAG